CAAAAUCAAGAAUUUCAACUACUCUACGUCAAUGGCGGCGGCGUCAAUUUUCCGCCACCACUUAAGCACCGUCCUCUUUCUCCUCUUCCUGGCCGCUACCGUCACCACCGGUGUCGAGGAAGAUGAACUAGAGUCAAUGCUAGCCAUCCUCCGCGUUCGCGGUUACGCUCUCUUCAGCAAUGCCAUCGCCACCUCCGAUAUCAUCUACGAGAUAUUCAAUAGCAACAGCUCCUUCACAUUCUUCGCUCCAACAGAUUCCAAUCUGUACGCCAUAGACAUGAUCAAUACAGCGUCGGAUUACACCUCUGUCCUCCGGUGCCACGUGGUCCCCCUCCGCCUCACUCUCAAUGAGCUCCGCCGCCUACCAUCUGGUUACGGUCUUGAUACCCUUGUCAAGUACCACGUGAUCAAGGUAAGCCGCCGGUCUGGUAGCCUAAUUUCAGAUAAUGAUGCGAUUAAUUUGGACGGCGUGGAAGUGGUUUUGCCGGGGCUGUUUUACAGCCGCGAUAUUGCGGUUCAUGGUUUGGGAGGAAUGUUGAACUGUUUGAAAACGGGUUUUGGAUCGGGCCAAGAUUCUCCAUCUGCGGCACCGUCUGAACCUCCGAUUUAUUCUCCAGUUAUCAACGGAAUUGGGGCGGCGCCACAUGGUACGAAUUUUGCUGGUUUUCACGAGCCGCCAUAUAACACAAUCGAAUCUCCGGUGCCUGAACCGGCUGUUUUUGGUAGGUAUUCACCGGCAAAUUCGCCCAAAAUUUCACUUCCGCCUGCAGAUUCCUUGAUUAAUCACAGAAAUUUUACUCCUAUUGUCAAUAAUACUGCGGAGCCACCCCUGCGUAUGAAUUUUACAGAGCCGCCAACUUCUGCAUGGUUAGAGAACCUUACAAUCAAACCUUUGGUGCCAGAACCGGCUGUUUUUGGUCCAUAUUCACCGGCAAAAUCGCCUCACUUUUCUCCGGCGAAUUUCUGCGAUAUUGUGAGUAUUUUUUCUCCGGUUAUCGAUGGAAGUGCGCCGUCACCACAGCCGACAAAUAUUACCCGUUUUCUUCAACCGCCAGCCUCUGGAUCCUUAGAUAGUAACACAGUCAAAUCUCCGGCGCCUGAACCAGUAGAUUUUGAUGGAUAUUUACCGGCACAUUCGCCAAAUAUAUCUCACCUCCCCCCGGCGAAUUUUUCCGGUAAUCGUAGCAUUUUUCCUCCGGCUGUCACUGAAAGUAAAGCGCCACCUCUGCCUCUGAAUUUUACCCCUAAAUUGUUAGAUAACAAUACAAUCAAAUCUCCGGUGUCUGAACCAGCUGGUCUUAACGGAUAUCCACUGAUAGAUGCCCCAACGAGCGCUGACAAUUCUCCGGAGUAUUUACCAGAUAAUUCCAUAUCUUUCCCCCCACCCGCAUUGGAAUCAUUGUCGCCAGAGAAAGAAAACGACGAGCUUUCGAUGGUCGGAUUAGAUGACCAGGAAACAGAAAGGGAAAAUCAGCUACUCCAUUCAAUUCCGCUGGAGUGUUUGACUGAGAUGAUGGAAGGGAUGCAAUAUGCAUCAUGAUUAUGAAAAACUUUGGAGUUUGAGAUUUGAUUUGAAAAUUGUUAAUUUGAUUUGGAUUACAAAAUAACACUGGCUUUCAUUUCCAAAUCUUGAUUUUAAUUCCUUUUUAUAGCCUUUGAUUUCAUAGA